AUGGCUGUUGUGGUGUUUGCAUCGCUUAGUGCGAGUUGCUUUGUGCAGAACCCCGGGCACAACGUCAUCACCGUGGCUUUGCUGCUGUUGCCGUGGCUGGCUCUGCUGGUGCUCGGCCUGGGGGCAGCAAGGCGCCAACAGGCGCAAGUUCUGCUUGGCUGUUUGGUGAUCGCUUCGAUCAUGGCGGCCAUUCCAAUUGGAGAAUACAUCGAGUCCUCCUUCAUGGAUGAGUACUGGCGUUUGGGGUACGGUGCGGUCUAUGAAGGUGUGGAUCCCCUGUCGCCGGGUGCAUCUUUCCUGGAUGCUUCAUUCAUGUCCUUCGACAACACAGCCUUCAUAGAUGUUUCCAAAGGAGUCGGCUUCAUGAAGGCGCUUUUGCUUCCACAUUCUUUGACGCAGUCCUGCCAUUGGAAGAAUUUUGGGAUUGAAUUCAAAGCUGCUUUCGACAUCUCCUCAUAA